AUGCAGAGGCAAGUCAGCCUGAAGGAGUUCAAGGCAGCGGAUCGAGACAGACCGCGCGUCAUGAUCAUGUCGGGUGUUGGGCUGGCAGGCAUGAACAUCGUGUGCGCCAACCAUCUGAUUGUCGUGGAUACUCUGUGGUCGGCACAGGAGGACGAGCAGCUUAUCGGUAGGGUUCAUCGGCCCCCGCAGGCAAAGCCGGUCCUCGUCUACAGGAUUAUUGCGGUGAAGAUGCCAGACGUCUUCCUGAACAACAUCGCAUUCAACAAGGCGGUGAUGCACCAAGGCUUCAUCAGGGUGAGUACGGUGAUCAAAAAGGUCUUUGCUGUGGGCAGCGACGAUGACGCCGGGUCCGGAGAUGAUGACUCUGGGUCCGGAGACAAUGACUCCGAUGAGGACACCGAGGAUCCGUCGGAACCCGACGAGGAUGGCUCAUCGAAGGCACCCAAGCCGAAGCCCAAGGCACCCAAGCCGAAGCCCAAGGCACCCAAGCCGAAGCCCAAGGCACCCAAGCCGAAGCCCAAGGCAGCCCAAGCCGAAGCCCAAGGCACCCAAGCCGAAGCCCAAGGCACCCAAGCCGAAGCCCAAGGCACCCAAGCCGAAGCCCAAGGCACCCAAGCCGAAGCCCAAGGCACCCAAGCCGAAGCCCAAGGCACCCAAGCCGAAGCCCAAGGCACCCAAGCCGAAGCCCAAGGCACCCAAGCCGAAGCCCAAGGCACCCAAGCCGAAGCCCAAGGCACCCAAGCCGAAGCCCAAGGUGCAGCCGAAGCCCAGGGUGCAGCCGAAGCCCAGGGCGCCGCUGAAGACCAAGGGAAGUGCAAGCCAUGGAAGAAGGCACAAGCAGCGAAGAGCUCAGCGGUCAUUCCCAGCUCUUCAGAGGAAGAGGACGAUGAACCAACCCCUGGCACUUCUGGAGCAGCCCCUGUCCCCUCGAAGACUCCCAAGGUGACGUACCAGAACAGGCGCAAGGCUGCUCAGCCAACCGCGACUGAGGAGAUGGUCCAUGCGGGCACGAAGCGUAAGGACCGCAAGAGCAUGGAAGAGGAGGUACCCAAGCCGGUGGCAAAGAGAUCGGCUCAGCCGGAGGAAGCGUCCACCACGGAGGCUCCUAUGAACAUCGACAAUACUCUCACCGCACCAUCUCCUCCGCCUCCCACUUCCCCUUCGUUGAAUUCCCUCGAGCUCGGCCACAACGUCAACCUGUCUGAGACCCCGGACCUCUCGCAGCGGGACUCCAUUCAGCCACCUUCCGAACUCAGUUCACUGGCGGAUGAAGACUCCAUCAAAGAAUUCAACGAGCCGCCGGUGCCGGCGCCUGAGCCUCCCCGACGCGUCACUCGAGGGAGUCGAGGAAUGCUCCCAUCCCACAUCGCCAAAAUGCCUCCUUAUCCCGACGAGCUGCUCCCAACCUCGCAGAGAACUUUAGAUCAAUUUGUCAACCGUGCCAAAGCAAUCUUGGAAGAUGAAGACAAUGAAUACAGAGUCCAGAACUUUGUAACAUUCAUGUUGGCUGGUCGAGAAUAUGUCAACCACUCAGAAUGGCACGUGUUCGUCAAUGCUCGCCAGGGCUUUGCUGCCCCCCCAUCGGAUAAAUACACCAUUCGUCGAGACUAUGAUUCCCUGUUGGGUAUUUCCCGAUCAUUACCCUACAUAUCACAGCUGGCGGCGUUUCCAAUCCCCUCAUUCAGAGAAACACUCACCACCAGUGUUCACAUGGCUGUGAAGAUACAGACCACGGAGGGUCAAUGUUCCGUUCAGCUACACAAGAUCCCUAACAUAUUAUUUGGGAAGCUGGCCAAUCACACUCAGACCAGAUUGUUUUUCCCACGGCUCUACGUAUCUGGUGGUCUAGGACGCGUACCCCAGCCAGCCCUUAAAAACUUAUACAAUAAGGUCAUUCGUCCCACGAUCAAUGAAAUCCUGCCAGCCAAUGUCUCUCAUUGGCCUGUCAGCUACGAGCAAGCUUUUUCGCAGGCUCAGGAUAGGCAAGGACAGCUGCAUCACCACUCUGUGGAUGUGCCUGGACACUACAUUCAGGAGUUUGGAAGGGAGGUUAUCCGAAGAUGCGAUCAGGAUCGGGAUCUCAAGGGCGCCUUUUUCGUCCAUGAAUGUCGUGGAACAAAGGAUGCCACCAUGCACAAUGGAACAUUCCGAUUUGACCGGGAGGAGUCUUUGAAUGAUCUUCUCAGAGAUUAUGACGCCGAGAAUAUGGAGUUAGGUGAGUGGUAUGUCGAUGUGGCCCUGGAAGUCCAUUGUCCUGGCCAUGUGUUACAGUGGCUGGAGGAUGGUCAUUGGAAUGUCCUGGAGGAGCUCUUUCCAAACUCAUCCGUGGCCAGGAUUGAUCAAAUGGCACGCAGCCGGGCCCUUCAGGUGGAUCAAGUCGCGCAGCUCACCGAUCUCACUGGGUUUCGCAUGGAAUGUCCAACUAUGGGCCGGGCAGACAGCAUCAUUUAUGCUCAGAUCUACACUACGGACAAAUCCCCGACAUAUCAAUUGCAUCGAGGCGCUUUCAGUGCCAAGAGUGCUCGGGACUUGUACCCCGCCAAAAUUGACCGACUUCGGGCGGAUUAUACCAAACUUGGCGAGGUGUUUGGCAAAUGCAGUGGGUAUGGAGAGUAUGAAGCCCAGGAUGGAAAUGUGCGUGCCGAGGUUCGCGUGCGAGCCACCCGCAUUUUGGAAGUCCUGCACACCUUCGAAGAUGACUUUAUUCAGUCCAAUGUCAUUGCCUACGAUGACAGCACAUGGUGGCAAUUUAAAUUCUACCGGCUGGCAGCAUUGAAUUAUGUUCUAGGCAGACUUAAUGAAUCUCUGCCAGCCCAGAGAAUAUGGAUCCCGUCUCUUAUGCUUGGUGCAGCAGUCAUUUGGAUGGCCAAUGCCCUAGUAUCAAGGCCGGGGGAGUGGAAGAUUGACAAGGAACUCAGCGAUCAGUGCUCCCAAUGGUACGACCCUGAACAGGAUUCGCAUGAUGAUGACGAUGAUGAGCUAGGAGAGAAUCUUGAACCAGUGAGGGGAGCACGUGGGGUCUACUUUCUCUCCGACAUUCAAGACGAUCGGAGCACUUGGAGACUGCCCGGCACCAGACUCAUGGAACAAGCACAACUCCUCGUACUGUAUGGGGCAUUGGACAUGGCCGAGUUGAGCUGCAUCAUGGGCGCCGGAGUUGCCGUUCACAGGAUGGAACUCGCAAACAAGAGGUGCAUGAACAACCGCACCCAGCACACUUUAUCAGUGCAGUACAUUCAGCCAGACCUGAAUCCCGCACAGCUCCCGGAGUUUAGGCUCAGGACCUGA